UUAAUAGUAAUAGUAUUGGUGGUGGUGGUGGUCAUUUUAUAGUAGUAGUGGUGGUAAUGGUAGUGGUAUUGGUGGUGGUGGUGGUGGUGAUGAUUUAAUAGUAAUGGUAUUGGUGGUGGUGUUGGUGGCGGUGGUAGUCAUUUUAUAGCAGUACUAGUGGUGGUAGUGGUAGUGGUGGUGGUGGUGGUGGUGACACAAGUGGGCAGCAACAGUGUCUGUUUGUCAUCACAGAGGGCGUGGCGGGGCGAGCAUGAACACCACCACAACACAGUCUUGUCCAUGCUGGUGGAGGGCAACGAGGCAGCCAUGGCCAACAUCCCCGAGGUUUGUGAUGGUCACACGCUGAGCCAGGAUGGCCUGACGCCUCUCCACGCCGCGGCGCUGUGCGGGGCUCCCAGUGCUGCUGUGGAGGCUUUGCUGCGACGCGGCGUGAGCCCUCAUGUGACCACCCCUGACAACAUGACCCCCGCUGACCUGGCACGGCAGCAAGGCCAAGACUCAGUGAUUAAGGGACUACAGCACCACCACUGUGUACAGGUUGAGCAGCCAAGUCCACCCUGCUGCUAUCCUCCAACCACCUGGCCAAGGCGACGCGGUCGGGCAAAUCUUCCGGCAGCUGCCCCUUCGCCGGUGUCGCCGCCUCCAGCAGCAGACCCCGGCCCCCGCCGCCUCAACGCUGCCUGGCCGCCACCCCGCCGGCCGCCGCCCCCAGCUGCCCGUACGCCGCCCCCAGCCGCCCAUAUGCCGCCCCCAGCCGCCCGUACACCGCCCCCCCGCCGCCCGGCUGCCCUCACGGCGCCCCCCCCUGCGGCACUCUCCAGCUCUCCACCAAGUACUCUUGAUCUGACUACUUUGUCUAACCAAGCACGAGCUCUCGACUCUGUAUAGAGGAACUUAGAGUUUUACGGUGAUGUUCCUUUGUUUUGUGUGAUCAGUGCUGCUGUGGAUAAUACUAUGUAACACCAUUUUUGUCUUUGACAAGCAGGUGUUAUUUUCCAACUCUUUUCAUUGCAAAACAAUAGAAAAUGUUCAUUAUUCCUGUCAAACUUUGCUUUUUAGAAUUAUUUUUUGCCCCAAAUAUCUAAAUUUUACCAUUUUUCCACAUGCUGUCACAGAGGACUUCUUUGCUCUUGUCUUGAAUUGACCACAUAUGUAGCAAAAUGCAUUUGGAGGAUGAUUGCCGCCUCUUAAUGCCAUUUCAUCUCUUGUGAUGUGUUCUCAGGCAGCCAAAGCAGAACUGAUUGGUGGUCUGCAAACCCCUACUUCUAUAUUGUCAAGCAGUACUCUAGAAUAUCCUUAGUCUUUCUAAAAUGUGUUCCAGAAUGUUCUCAAUCUUUCUAGAAUAUUCUUGAACCUACUUUAGAAUAUUCUGAAUCAUUCUAGAAAAUUCUUGUAGAUUCUAGAAAAUUCUUGAUACUUCUACAUAUUUCUACUAUAUUCUAGAAAGUUUUAGAAUAUUCUGGAAAUGUUUACAUUGAAUAGAAUGUUCUAAAAUGUUCUAGAAACUUCUAAAAGUGUCUAGCAGAACAUUCUGGAAGAUUUGAGAAAAUUUCUGAAAUGUAUGCAAAUUCUUCUUAAUAUGAGGAAUCUUUUGCUAGAGCUGGUCAAUUCAAGAAUGAUCUUAUUAAAAUUAAAAAUCUUUGGAACACUUUAUAUUCUUUCUUUCACUGUUUUAACUUAUUUACUACAUUUCAAAAGCAAUCAGAUAAGCAACUGAGAUUUUGCAAAGAUCUUUACCUGACGUGAAAACCAAUAGUAACCCAUACUAUAAUAAAAUAAGCAAAAAAUGUAAAUUAAUUGUUCUAACCACAAAAGCAAAGUUUUAGGAUCAAAAUAAAUUUUUUAUAUUUUGUUUAGAUGGAAAUAACUGGAAAAUUAUGGUUUGGAGCCAAGGACAAAAUAAAUGUGAAAUUUUGUUACAUAGUGUAAUAACACUAAUGGAGAGCCACAAUCUAUUACAGUAAUGGCUGCUAUAAAUUCAAAGUAUUUCUUUUGUGGUCUUUGACGCCACCCAUGUUUGAAGUGUCCUGUUUGUGAAUUGUUGUGCCAUAAGUGCCAGAAAAAGGGUCGCGUAGCUAAAGUGUAUUGGAGCACUCAUGCUACUGGGGCUUUAGCUUCUAUUGAUUGUAUGACAUUGGUGACUGUAACAUCAGCUGCUGCUACUCCUAAUAUAUUGUCAAAAGCGGUGGCUAAAAUUUUGACUGAAACAGAUGGACUUAUUGACAGUGGAAGCUCAGAGAGUUUUGUAUAUCAACAUAGUUAAACUCCACUCAUUAAAAGUGCAACAGUCUAAGCAUGAUGUAACCAUGGCUUCUACUUCAUUUUUUACUGAAACAUCUGGUUUUUGCAGUGUGGACACAAAAGUGAAUGGCCAGACCUAUGAAAAUGUGUGUCUGGCUGUUCUUCCACAACUCUGUUCUGAUGUAAUUCUAGGCCAAGACUUUCAGAAGCUGCACAAUAGUGUUACUUUGACUUACAGUGGAAACUUGCCCAUACUCAUAAUCUGUGGACUUAGAGAGCUGAAUGUAGAUCCUCCAGAACUAUUUACUAACCUAAAGGCUGUCAUCUUAUUGUCUCUAAAUCACAACACUACUGCACUGUAUCUUCACAGAAAAGGAAGUGGAAAGCCUGUUAAAGGAAAGAAUUAUUGAGCACAGCAACUCUCCAUAGCAUGCACAAGUGAUUGUGGUCAAAAAUGAGUCCCAUAAGAGAUACUUGGCCAUAGAUUACAGUGAAACAAUCAGUAAGUUCACACUCCUUGAUGGCUACCCACUGCCUUGGAUAGAUGAAACUGUGAACAAGAUUGCACAGGAUCAUGUCUUCAGUACGACUGACCUAUGCAGUGCUUAUCAUCAGGUUGCCAUCAGAGAACAGGACAUGCCAUGCACUGCCUUUGAGGCAUGUGGUAAACUGUAUCAGUUUACUAGAGUUUUGUUUGGAGUUACAAAUGGAGUGACUUGUUUCCAGAGAAUUAUGAAUUCACUAAUUAAAGAAGAAGGACUUGUUGGUACCUAUGCCUACUUGGACAACAUCACCAUAUGUGAAAUGAUGCAAGAGGAACAUGAUGCUAACCUUGGGAAAUUCCUCAAGGCUGUCAAAAGAAAGAAUAUGAUCUACAAUGAAGAAAAGUGCCAUUUUUUCAACUCGUAAGUUCCACAUUCUGGGCUAAAUGGUGGAGAAGGGAGUGAUUUGUCCUGAUCCCAAAUGCCUCAAGCCUCUUCAUGACUUAACAGUGCUGUGUGAUAGAAAGUCACUACACUGUGCUCUUGACCCAUUUGCAUAUUAUUCAUAGUGAAUAUAUGAUUAUUCACACAAGAUUUGUCCACUUAUUGCCACUAAUACCUUCCCUGUGAUGGAGGAGGCAGAAGCAGAGAUUCAGCAACUAAAGAGUGAUAUAGAAUCAUCAAUAGUUUAGGCAAUCAAAAAAUCUGAGCCAUUUCAGAUGGAGAUGUAUGCUUCAGACACCGCUAUUGCAGCUGUUCUCACCCAAGCUGGUUAUCCCAUUGCCUUCUAUUCUUGAACUCUGCAACGACCUGAGGGACACCAUGCUGCUGUAGAGAAGGAGGCCUUGGCUAUUAUUGAAAGUGCCACUGGGGGCAUUACUUGAUCAGUAAGCACUUCUCUACUAAAACUGACCAAUGUUUGAUAAACGGUAUAAGAACAAAAUAAAAAAAUGAUAAAAUUUUAAAGUGGAGGAUGGAAAUCUCUUGCUAUGAUUUUGAUAUAUUGUACAGACCAGGCCGAGAUAACAUUGCUCCAGAUAUACUCUCCAGGAGUUACUGUGCCAUGGCAUGCCCUGAUCAGCAGCCACUGUCUGCCAUUCAUGAUGACUUGUGCCACCUUGAUGUUACUCAUUUGCUUCACUUUGUCAGGUCAAAGAAUCUACCUUAUUCUGUGGAAGAUAUCUGUAGAGUUGUUACCUCAUGCAGGACAUGUGCAGAGUGCAAACCUAACUUCUAUCAACCUACAAGAAUUCCUCUUAUAAAAAAGCUACCCAUCUAUUCAAACAGCAUUACAUAGAUUUUAAAGGACCCCUUCCAAGUACAGACAAGAAUCAGUAUUUCCUAAUUAUUAUAGAUGAAUACUCUAGGUUCCCAUUUGUAUUCCCAUGUUCUAAUAUGUUUACAUUAACAGUUAUCAAUUGCCUUUCUCAAGUCUUCUCCAUUUUUAGCAUGCCAUCUUAUAUUCAUUCAGAUAGGGGAGCAUCAUUCAUGAGCAGAGAACUAAAAGAUUUUCUCAAGUAAAGGUGUCGCUUGCAGCAGAACUAUGAGCUAUAAUCCUCAAGGCAACAGGCAAGCAGUGAGGUUUAACAGGAGCAUUUGGAAGACCAUUACAACUGCUUUGGUAUCCUGUGGCCUGCUGAUCUAGUGGUGGCAAGUUGUCCUUCCUGACGCCCUUCAUUUAAUUAAUUCUUUGCUCUGCAUGGCAACCAAUGAGACCCCACAUGAAUGGCUCUUCGGGUACACUCGUCGGUCUUCCACUGGGACCUCUAUUCCAUCUUGGCUGUCCAGUCCUGGCAUUGUCUUACUUAGGCAUCACGUAUGGCCCAGUAAGACUGAUCUGCUGGUAGAUGAGGUUAAGCUCCUACAGGCAAAUCCCCAUUAUGCUCCCAUAAGGUACUCUGAUGACAAGGAAGACAUGGUAGCUACCAAACACUUAGUUCCUGCCAGUAGUGAACCUCAUGUACAGCCAAAUCCUGAAAUGAGCAACUGGCCUACUCAUUCUGUUGAUUCUACAAAUAUGACUCUUCAGUAUAGUUCUGUUCCUGAGGACACUUCAACUACUCCUCAUCAACACAAAUGCAGUGAGGAUACUUCAGUACUAAGGCACUCAGGCAAUAUGAGACAUCCUCCUACUUGCUUCAAGGUAUCUUGGAUAUAAUUUUGUAGAAGGUGGAGAAAGUGGUGAUAAUUGUAACAAUAAAACCAUGACAACUAUGAUUAAAUGUGGUUGGUUGUUGAGGCACUGGAUGGUUUAAUAGAAGGUAUCAUAUGGUUUGGGCGUGUACAUUCGUUAAGUGAUCUGGGAGGGAAAUGAGAGGCUCAGCUUCUCUCAUUGACAGCUCCUCAUUACUGCCAGGUGUGUAUUAGCAGAUGUCUUGACAGUGUGGGUUUUCUUCAUGUAUUAAGAGUUACUAGUGGAAGGAUAAUACUUGUGUAUUACAAUUUUGGGUUGUACUCUUUACAAACUCCUGUUACAUUUUGUGUUGAUUAAUGCCAAUCAUUUGGUCAGAUGUGUUUUACUACUCACAUCAUUACAUUCCUCAUUAUCUCUCUCAACCUAAACCUUCCAAACCUUGGUUUAACAUGGCCUGUUCUCAUGGAACAAGCACUGAAUCAUACAAAAGUUUUUUCAGCAGCUUUUCCUGUCUUCCAUGCCCUCAGCUGUGACUCCUUGAUAAGUAUGAACUUUCAUCAUAGUUAAUAAUAAGAAUUUUGCUAGGUGACUACAGGUGGUGAACUUAAUCAAAUAAUCAUGUGUUUGUAAGUAAUUUUUGAGAGUAGUUUCUUUUCAACUCUGUAAUCUAGGGUAAGAGUACUGUUAAUGCUGAGUUAUGCAGUGUAGAUAAUAAAUGAAUGUUGCUGUA